CAUCGUCUAAUUCAACCAUCCGCUCUCGACUGCUACUGUGUAUACUAUUGUGUCGUCUGACGAUUCCCGCUGACAAAUAACCAUGAAAGAAGGAGGAUACGGCAAGGUAUUCAUUCGACUGCUGUUGAUUUCAGGAACCUUUUGGUUAUUCCUCCGGAACCAAUCGCUUCGUCGAAAUCUAAAAUCGUCCGAGAGCAACUGGAAGACUUCCGAUGAUACCGGUACUGACAGAUACUUUCCAUUAGGAGCCAUCAACGAUCCUUCUGGGCAAGACGGCCGAAAGAUACCGGCGCUGUCAGCCGCCCAUCGUCGCGACCCGUCCGCCACGAAUGAGGAAUCGCAUUCACAAUCCAGCAAGCAUGCCACGGUCAUGGGCAUGGCCACUGGCUACAGUUUGCGAAGUUACAAGAGUUUCGUGGGAUCGCUCCGUGCUACCGGCUAUCAAGGCCACAUCAUUUUGGUCGUGUCGCAACAGCUAGAGCCCUCGGUGGAAGACUACCUGACGAGUCAAAAUGUCACCAUGAAACCAUUAAUCAGCGUCAAUUGUACUCAUGGUACCAAGGGCAUGAAUACGCUGGUUCCCAAAAAUGAACACGAGAAAGAACGAACGACUUGUGCGCAUCCGUAUCCCGACUUGAAGAUUCGAUGGGGCCGAUUCGCCCUGCUUCGAGAUUACUUGGAGGAAUGCCAACAAUGCACCGGUCCUGUCCUAGUUACGGAUGUACGAGAUACCUUCUUCCAGCGCGAUCCAUUUGGGCCAGAAGCAUCACCCGUGAAAGGACUGCAGGUAUUUGAAGAAGAUCCCGAGCAACGAACACACCAUCCAAUCUGCAAACGACAAAUAGAAAAGUGCAAGAAAAUGGAAAUACCCAAUGAGGUCAUGCUCUGUAGUGGCACCACUAUUGGGACACGGGAUGCCAUGCUGUCCUAUCUCAACAUUAUGGUCCAAGAAAUGAUGGAGUGGAUGAAGAGCCCCGAUUGUUGCUGCAAUUACAUGAGUGGUGAUGACCAAACCAUUCACAACUACUUGUACUACACGGGCAAAAUUCCCCAGGCAAUACCCCAUUCUGUGGCUAUACCCAAUGGACAGGGAUUGGUCCAUACCGUGGGAAAAUAUGGCGCCAAGGUUCUCAAGGCGAAACGGGAUUACUACAAAGGAUUGGGAUUGGAUGGUCGACAUGCACUGGAAAACCCCUACACAACAAUCCAAGAGGAGAAGGAUGGAAAUUGGCUAGGCAACAAUUGGCUAUCCAGUAUGGACUUGACGAUCCCGCUGACAGAUGUGCAGGGUUAUUUUGUCAAUUCCAAAGGUGAACGAUCCUUUGUGGUUCAUCAAUACGAUCGAUUUGGGAGCCCCAUGAACCGGUGGCUGUACGAUACGGGGCCCUGCAGAGGUUUGUGA